UAUUUACGUAAUUAACUAAUGUGCUUGCCUAUUGGAAUUUUGAGAUGUGUAGUAUCUAUAGAAGCUUGGAUAGUGAUGAUUUGUGGAAUAGCAACCUUUAUUUUCACGAUGCUUAUGUAAAUUCAUUAUAGUUUAAUGCUUCAAGCAAAUGAAGGAGAAUCUGUAUAUAGAUAAUUAAAAUUAAUAGUGGAUGCUUUUUGGAUAGGGAAUGCUAACCGCAUUUUGGUUGUUUUCUUCCUACAUAAUAAUCAAUGGCGUAUGUGGCAUCGUUGGUGGUUAACAUAAAAAACCAUGCUUAUUGUUAGUUUUUAAUGUUGGAAAUAUAAUAAUUAUAAUUGCCUUCAUUAUAAUAAUGGUAAUAGGUUAUGUGUUAGCUAAUGCGACUUCAAAAUUUAUCGAUUAAGAUUAUACAUAAAAUACAACUGCUUGUCUUGAACAUAGAUUUGAGUUAAAUACUUUAGAUUGGGAAAGUAAAGAUCUUUUAUGUUCAAUCGAAUGUCCUUGUUAUUAUACACAAAAUAAUAUACCUUUACCUAAAAAUAAAACAUUAUGGGGAGAUGAUAAGCAUCCUGAAAGAGUAUUUACAUUACAAUAUCAAUCUAGCCAACAAGAGUAUAAGAUUGUGAACUUUUUUAAAAAACACAAAAUACAACUGUCAAAUAUUUCUCAAAUUAUAUUGGAGAAAUAUAACAAAGAACAGGAUGUACAGGUUGGUGUGUGCCUUAUUAAAUGAAAGUAUUUUAUGAUAUAAAUUCUCCAGUUAAAAAUUAAGAGUAUUGAAUUGUUAUUACACUUUAGAUUGUAUUGUCAAUAUGUUGUAAUUGAAAAAUUAACAGAAAUGGGAUAAUUAAUGGGAGAUAUUGCAGCUGGAGUAACUGCAGUAAUGUUACUUUUAAUUAUUCUCACUUGUUGUUUAUGUUUCCAUCCUGUUAAUAAAAAUCAAGAUGUAUACAAGAAGAUGGCACAUUAUGAGAAUUGA